AUGCCUUCCGACGCUGGUAAGUUGAGAGUUUAACUCGGAAUUUGGUGGGGUUUACCGUGGUAUAUUGCUGUAUAUCUCGCGCUACGGUUUUCUGUUAAAAAUCAAGAUUUUUUGUCAGUUUUGGCUAAUUUUUGUAAAUUUUCGGCAAUUUUGACGGCUUUUUCUGUUCUUCCGGCCGUAAGUUACUAUUUUUAUAAAUCUAAAUAAAGAAACAAGGUCUCUGGUUCUUGAUUAAACCAUUAACAAUCCAAUACCAUGUCAUAUUCAGCAAAGAUACCAAGAUUUUCCCCAUAAAUCUUUGAUUUUUUUAUUUUUACAAUAAUAUCCUUGCAGAACUCAAAGAGAUCUUCAACCUCUAUGAUGAGGAGUUGGACGGAAAGAUUGACGGUACCCAAAUCGGUGACGUCGUCCGUGCCGCUGGCUUGAAGCCCACCAACGCCGCCGUCUGGAAGGCCGCCGGCCAAGAGUACAAGAGAAAGGGAGAGAAGAGACUCACCUUCGAGGAGUGGCUACCAAUCUAUCAACAACUCCAGGGAGAGAAGGUGGGUAUUAUUUUGCGGCUAACGACAUGAACUUUCGAUUCAUAUAAAACUUGAUGCCUGGUUUUGAGAUUAUACGCCUUUAGGCGACAUUUUUCUGAAAAGUGUUUUUGAUGACUAAAGCGAGGUACGAAAAAAAUCCUAAUUUUUCGCGAAACUUUGUAAAACCCAAAUAAGACCAUUAAAACGAAGACUCUUUAUGCUAUAUAAAAUUACAAAAUUUCAGGCUGCCGGCUCCUUCGCCGACUUCAUGGAGGGUCUGAAAGUGUUCGACAAGGAAGAGUGCGGAAAGAUCUUGGCCGCUGAGCUCCGACACAUCUUGUUGGCUUUGGGAGAGCGUUUGAGCGUCGAAGAAGCCGAUGAAUUGUUGAAGGGAGUUGAAGACAGCGAAGGGUUGGUCAAUUAUGAAGGUAAGAGCGGGCGUUUUGUCAAGUGUAAUAUCAAAAAAAUGAUUAUUUUGGAGAUUUCUUUGACUUUACGGACAUUUUAUAAGCUAAACCCUUGAUUUUCAAGCCUUUUAAGCUAUGCAAUUUUGUAGCCCAAAGGUUAUUACAUUUUAUAUUUGAUGAAUUUUCAGCUUUCAUCAAGAAAGUGAUGGCCGGACCCUUCCCACAAGACUAA